AUGGCUGAAGGAGGAUAUGACUUUGACCGCGUUGUUGACAACGAUUACGAUGAAGACAAAGAAGACGAUGACUAUGAAGAAGAGACUAAUGUAGAUGACGACUUUGAAUUUCCUCCACAACCGAUAGGCAUAGAAAACGCCCUGGGCACGGGGGCUGCAGCUGGAAGCAGUAAUAGCACCAUCAGUUGCAGCUUUUCAGGCAGUGGCCCUUCCGGCGGUGAGAGACAUGCGUCCCACCACCACCCACCAGCAACUCUAAGAACUUUGUGUGGGCACAAUCAAGAACUAAUCAACUACACUCCCUUAUGGUCAUUCAGGAGUAAGCCGUCAGGCUUUGCACCCUCUCACAACUACGAGAUCAUACUCACUGCAUCUCAAUUUGCCAAACGAUGGGUGGGCUGCGUAACUCACUCCUUGACGUGCCUCGGAAGCAUCCCAGCUGCCGCCCUCAUUCGGCGGCUGAGCCCUCGGACGGUCAUUCUGGUGGGAGUGUUGCUGAACUGCGGGGGGUUCUUCGCUACCGCCUUCGUGCCGUCGCUGGGAUACGCGUUCCUGACUUACGGGGUGGUCGUGGGGCUUGGGGACAGCUUCAUUCUUCAAGCCGGGUACACACUGAGUCUGAUGUGGUUUCCGACGAAGUACUGUGCACGCGCAUCCUCGGUCAUCAUAGUCGGUACACCAAGUGGUAUGUUGAUCUCCGGACUGGUACUCAACACGUUGAUAUCGGCAUACGGCUGGCGUCACGCCUUCAUGAUGGCAUCCAGUGUCAUCUUCGUCAUCAGUUUCUUCGCCGGGCUCUUCAUGACUACUCCCCCGCCUGUUCCAGACUUGAAACUCCGGGAGGGCGAUAGGGGUGCACCAGAAACGGAGUUGCAACCUACCGGGUUGCACCCGGACGACAAACUCCAAGAGAUCGGUGACAUACAGGAUGGUUCGCCAUCACCGACCCCGGCUUUGGUCCCAUUCUACCGGCAACUAGCACCCUGGCUCAUGGUCAUGGGAGUCGCUGUCGGAGCUAUGGCGUGGACUUUCCACGCCAUCAAUCUGUAUAUAACUUAUUCCAUGGUUUUUUUAUUUUCAAAGUCGAGUUUCAUGGACAGCAUCGGUCUAACUGAGGGCAAUAUCUCGCUGGCUGUAGUGGUUCUCUCGCUCGGCCAGAUCACGGGCAAGAUUCUGGUUGGGAUCAUCGGCGAUUCGCUGCCGUUCCUGAAACUGUAUGUCAUGGGCGGUUCGUUCAUCGGCGGGGCUGUCCUUUCUGGUUUUCUGAGUCUGACAUCGACCUUGCCGCCCAUGCUGGCACUGACGUUUUUUUUCGGGAUGUGCCGGGCCGGAUUUUACGCUACAUUCAUUUCGGCUUCCAUGGAGAUUUUCAACCACUUCGGGAUUAGCGUUGUCAUAUUGCUGGUGCAGAUACCGUACGGAAUUGGGGUUCUAAUAAGUGCUCCACUGGCCGGUGGUUUGUACGACUUGACAGGAGACUACACCCUCAGCCUGGUAGCCAUAGCGGGUCUUUUCGUGUUUGCAGCUGCUUCCUUACUUCUCAUUGCAAUCCAACGGAGAUUAAGGCGCAGAACCCACGAGAAAGAUAUCAACGUUGUCAUGCACGAUACUAAAUACGCGCCAAUUCAUAACACAGACAACAAUAAAGACACGCAAGUUUAGAGAUGCUAUAUAUAAAAAUAUAUCCUUCCUUGGUCAAGAGUAUAUUGUGGGCUCUC